UUGCCAAUUGUUCGUGAGUUUCGUCAGAAGCAGGGUUUGGGACGGGAUAAAUAAGUUUUUCCGUUUGUCGAACAGAGGGAUAAAGAGGUAGAAAGGAGAGGGAGAAUUCUUUCAGUUUCUCAGUGGAAAACUGUGUUUUCCGUGUGCUGAGGGCCGGUGGCCGAGUGAUGCACGCAUAUGUCUAGGCUCGGGGGGACUCAGGUUCUAGCCACAGCACAGGUGAAGAGGACGGCCGCUGAUCACGCAGCGGUGUUAAACUUUGGUGCUGCAAAACGCAGCAAACUGUCCGCCGUUGCGGUCACGGAGAUCAACGAGAUUGAAAACAUGACGGAUACGGCUGCAACCACGACUGAUACUCAAAAAAGGGCCAAUUUCUCGGCUUUAACCGUUGGGAAUCCAAACGGCGUCAACAAGAUUUCACCAAGUUUGGCAAGCGCGAAACCUGGUACAGCUAGAAAGCUCGUCAUCAAAAACUUCAAAAAUAAACCAAAAUUGCCUGAAAAUUACCAAGAGCAAACAUGGGAGAAGUUGCAAGAAGCUGUAAUUGCAAUCCAGACCAGCAAAAGUAUUCGUUAUUCAUUAGAAGAGCUUUAUCAGGCAGUUGAAAAUAUGUGUAAUCAUAAGAUGGCAUCUACAUUAUACACAAAGUUAACAAGGUUAACAGAAGCUCAUGUACAAGCAAAUAUAGAACAGUUUUUAGCAGAAUCAAUGGACAGGCAUAUAUUCUUAAAAAAAAUGAAUGAAUGUUGGCAAUCACAUUGCAGACAAAUGAUUAUGAUUAGAAGUAUUUUUCUAUAUUUGGAUAGAACAUAUGUAUUACAAAAUCCAAGUAUUUUAUCUAUUUGGGAUAUGGGUUUACAUUUGUUUAGAGUGUAUAUUGUUCUGAAUAACUUAGUUCAAACACGUACAGUGGAAGGAUUACUUAUGCUUAUUGAAAAAGAGCGUCAAGGUGAUACAGUGGAUAGAACACUUCUUAAGUCUUUAUUAAGAAUGCUAUCAGAUCUACAAAUCUACCAAGAUGCCUUUGAAACUAAAUUUUUGGUUGCUACUGAAAGACUAUAUGCUGCUGAAGGUCAACGACUGAUGAAUGAACACGAUGUUCCUGAGUACUUAGCACACGUGGACAAACGGCUUCAAGAGGAAAACGAACGUUUGUUACAUUACCUCGAUGCAUCUACAAAGUGGUCUUUGAUACACACAGUGGAAAAGCAGUUAUUAUCUGAACAUAUUACCAGCAUUUUACAAAAAGGAUUAAGUGGUUUGCUGGAUGAAAAUAGAAUUAAUGAUUUAUCUUUACUUUAUAAUUUAUAUAGUCGAGUGAAAAACGGCCUUGUAGAACUUUGUCUAAAUUUUAAUUCUUAUAUUAAGAAAAAAGGUAAAACUAUAGUUAUAGAUCCAGAGAAAGAUAAAACUAUGGUUCAGGAGCUUUUAGAUUUCAAAGAUAAAAUGGACAAUAUAGUUAAUACAUGUUUUCAUAAGAAUGAAAAAUUUGCAAAUAGUUUAAAAGAAGCUUUUGAAGCCUUUAUUAAUCAACGUGCGAACAAACCAGCUGAAUUAAUAGCGAAAUUUGUUGAUUGCAAGUUAAGGGCGGGUAAUAAAGAAGCAACAGAAGAAGAAUUAGAAAGAUUAUUAGAUAAAAUCAUGGUAUUGUUCAGAUUUAUACAUGGAAAAGAUGUAUUCGAGGCAUUCUAUAAAAAGGAUUUGGCCAAACGUUUGUUAGUUGGUAAAUCAGCUUCUGUUGAUGCUGAAAAAUCCAUGUUAUCUAAAUUGAAACAAGAAUGUGGUGGUGGCUUUACCAGUAAAUUGGAAGGGAUGUUUAAAGAUAUGGAACUUAGUAAAGAUAUUAAUAUUGCUUUUAAACAGUAUGCAGGAAAUUUGCAAAGCGAAUUGUCUGCUAGUAAUUUGGAUUUAACUGUUUCAAUACUUACAAUGGGUUAUUGGCCAACAUAUCCUGUAAUGGAAGUAACAUUACCCCCAGAAAUGGUUCAGUAUCAAGAUGUAUUUAAUAAAUUCUAUUUGGGAAAACAUAGUGGUAGAAAAUUACAAUGGCAACCUACCUUGGGACAUUGUGUAUUAAAAGCUUGGUUUAAUCAGGGUAAUAAGGAACUCCAAGUUUCUUUGUUUCAAGCAUUGGUGUUAAUUUUAUUUAAUGAUGCUGAUAACUUGUCUUUGGAAGAUAUAAAAGCAGCAACAAAUAUAGAAGAUGGUGAACUUAGGAGAACUCUACAAUCCUUAGCUUGUGGCAAAGCCAGAGUGUUACAAAAAAAUCCAAGAGGAAGAGACGUUGCAGAUAAUGAUAGAUUUGUUUUUAAUGCAGACUUUACAAAUAAAUUAUUCAGAAUUAAAAUAAAUCAAAUUCAAAUGAAAGAAACGAACGAGGAACAAAAAGCUACAGAGGAAAGAGUCUAUCAAGAUAGACAAUAUCAGAUAGAUGCAGCUAUUGUUAGAAUUAUGAAAAUGAGAAAAACACUUUCGCACAAUCUGUUGAUUAGUGAACUGUACAAUCAGCUCAAGUUUCCUGUAAAGCCUGCAGAUUUGAAGAAAAGAAUUGAAUCUCUCAUAGAUAGGGAUUACAUGGAACGAGAUAAAGAUAAUGCAAACGAGUACAAUUACGUUGCAUAACCUGAACCAAAUGCCAAAGUCAUUUUAGGCUGGGUGGUCACUGUGUUUCAUAGCAAAAAACCAAUUUGUUUUGGUGUUUGCCUAUUGUGAAUGUGACAUAUUAAAUAAGGAAAGAAUGGAAAACUUAAAACUGAUUGAAUGUUGGUACAAUGUUGCAUCAUGUGGUCAGUUGAUAAAAAAAUUUAGAGUGGACUCUAUUAAUUUGGUUUUUAUAGUGCGUAAUGAAUACUGGACAAUUAAGAUUCUCUUUCAACUAGUGCUUUACCAUUGUUAUUCUUCUUUUGUUUCUGGAUUUCGCUAAAAAAGGACCAUGUGCAAAAUAUCUUAAAUGAUACAGCAUUUAAAAAAUAUAUCAACCGUUUUAUAUGCAGAACAAUUUUUAACAGCAUACGGAUUUAAGAAAAUAACAUAAUAAGAAUAUUCUAAGAAUUAAAAAUACGAUGAUCGAAAGUGAAUAAAAAUGCGUAAUUUAUAGCAAAUGAAAGAUAUAAUGUACUGUGGAAUGUCGAACGUACUGGUCAUUGAAAUAAUUUUAAACAAGUGGGGAAUACAUUAUAAAAUAAAGGUUCGUGUAUUGAAUAAAAAAUACUUCAUUAUAGAAUUUUAGAAAUGUCGAAAAGAAAGACAUAAAACACUACAGUAUGUGCAUUGAAAAAAUGAACGCCAAAAUGUUUGAAGAAAUCUUAUUAAGGACAUAAUAUUAUGAAUUUCUAUAACAAAUUUUUGUACAUUACCUUAUAAUACAGAGUUUAUAAAUAAGGGAAAAAUGCAUAAUUUGUACAAAAGAUGUCCAUUUUUGUCAAAACAAUAGUAAAGCAAUAUGUAUGUGUAAAUUUAUAAUAAAAAUUUGAUAAUAAUAUGAAAUACUCUGCAAGCAUAGUACAUGUUUUAUUUAUAAAGUGCAUAUUACUAGAAUUGAUAUUUUUAAAUGCAAUUUUCUGUACCAGUAGAUAAUUUUUCCUGUUUUGAAUAGUAUAAAAAGGAAGCAGUAAAAAGUGUUUCAUAUUACUAUAAAAUAAUUAAUGCUCUGCCACUAACUUUACAAUUUUCACCAUAAAGUUAUGAUAACUAUUUCGACAAGAAUACAAUAAUAUAAUAGUUAAUUACUUUUUACAUAUCUUUUGAGUGAAGUGUAGCUUGAUAAAAAUACAACUUUAUAAAAAUGUAUGUGUCUCCUAUCUUUAUAUAAAAAUUGAAAAUUAAUGUGAUACAAAUUAUUUAUGACUAGUUGCUAACUUGCUUUACACAUACUAUGAUGUUCAAGUUAAUUAAAAACAUGCGAUUUCUGAAUUUUAUUUAAAAUUUACAUAUUUCAAUACUAUGCUGUAUUGUACUUUAUAACUAUGCUCUAUGAAGAGUAUCAAAAAACUUAAAAAUAUCCUGUCCUCCUUAUAUGAUUUUCAAUAUAAGCUUCAUUGUUAUGUAAAUUAAUUAUUAUUAUUCUUUAGUAACUCUGUAUUACAAGGUUAUUUCACAAAUGCUUGUUAAAGAAAUAAUUUAUAAUUCAUGUAAAUGCUGUGCAAAAUAAAAUUUCUAGGAAGAUAAAAUAUAAAUGAAAUUACUGUAACUAUACAUAUAUUAAAUCGAAUACAGAAUUUCUUACUGUCUCUUUUAGUGUAAUCUGAAAACGAAGACAGAUUAUUGUAAAAAAAAAGGUCCAGUGCUUUUUUGUGAAUACAAAUAUCUAAUUAUAUUCCAUGAAUUAUAUAAGAAAAUACUUCCAGAAAAAAAGUAAACAGAAUUUCGUAAUGUAGAGAUCGAUUGAAGAAGAAAUAUUAUUAAUACUAUCAAUAAGAUUUGAAUCAUCCAGUGGCUUGUUCAGUCGUUUUACGUCGAUGUAAUUACGAAAUAGCUUAUUAAUGGAAUUUUGUAUAAACAUGAAAAAGAAUGUUAAUGAAUCUUUAGCUAAUUUUAAUGGAAGUCCUGAUGGAGAGUUUUAAUAUAAAUUAAAAUCAUCUCAAACGCAGUACAUGGUAAACUCAUACCAGAAGUCAUUUUAAGAAACAGAGGAGAAAAAUUAUUGUUGUUAUAUUAGAAUUUUCUUAUUUUAUUCAAUAUUUUUUAUCAAUAUCCUAAAAAGCUUUUUUUACCAUUUAAAGCAAAAUUGUCAACGAUUGUUUUGAAACUGAAUAAUAUUAAACAAUAAAUUGUAUAAAUAUUGAAUUCUUAUAAACUACCUUAUACUGCGUUUCCUCUGUAUUACGUUGAAAAACUUAUUUUUGUGUAAUCGUACGUAGAUUUAUCAAGAUUGUAAAUAGGGUAAGAUUCCAUACUUGUAAUAAAAUAAAAGAAAAAAGCUCAAAUUA